AUGUGGCCCGUUGUCUUAUUCGGUAAAUUUACCCAUAGAUUUAAUAAUAUUCCGUGGUUAGAUUUUGUACACAGAUUGAAGCUAACUAGUACAUUCCUUUCUUCUAGUCGUACAGCUAUCAACCGCACAACGUCAGAAGAAUGCAAAGCCCGUGACAGUGCUCAUGAAGAGAUCUAUCAACAAUUUCGUGAAGGUGCAGAGGUUCACAGGCAAACAAGAAAUUAUAUUAAAAAAUGGAUUCGUCCCGGUGUUCGUCUCAUUGACAUGUGUGAAGAACUUGAACGCACUAGCCGUGCACUCAUUUUAGAACGUGGACUAGACGCGGGUUUAGCUUUUCCAACAGGUUGUUCAAUUAAUAAUUGUGCAGUUAAUUACACUCCGACUAGGGGUGACAAUACUGUUCUAAAUUACGAUGAUGUAUGCAAAAUCGAUUUUGGAGUACAUGUAAAUGGUCGUAUUAUUGAUUGUGCUUUCACACUUCACUUUAAUCCUAAAUUCGAUACUUUGGUAGAGGCUGUUAAGGAUGCAACUAAUACCGGUAUUAAGGCAGCUGGUAUUGACGUACGUUUGUAUGAUGUUGCAGCAGCUAUUCAAGAGACAAUGGAGUCCUACGAAGUGGAAUUAGAUGGAAACACUUACCAAGGUAAAUCGCUCACUAUCAUGCUUUGA